AUGCUGGCGUUUGAUCCACAACUGGACCUCGGCUCUCCGAUGGUGGAAAACUCCUCUGUCAACAAUGACGAAGCGUCUGCUCUGAGACCCAGAGUGCCAGAUUUGUCCUUUUUGAGCGCCAACUUUUCCACUGAUUCUUUGGACAUUCAAAACUCCAUGCCAUCAACGCCAGUGCGGUCGGAACUGGUAGACUCUACUCUGUCCUCUGGAAACAUAUCUGUCCCCAACCAGGUACCGACAUACCCCAACCGCCUUAUCAACAAUGCAAACUUUGCGUCUCUUCAAAACUCACCAACAGGGUUUUUGAACCAACCUUCGUUUUCGUCAAAUCAGAGGAGCUAUUCCAAUUCCUCAUCAAGGCCCCGUCCACGCUCUAUGUUCGGCGGAGACAUCCAUAGCUCAGCAAUCUACGAAGAUGUAGACCAGUCUCAAGCUAAACAACCAGAUUCUAGAUCUCGCAAUCGCAACUCAUUCCAUUAUACCCCGAAAAUGACAUAUUCUCCAGCAUUUGGGCCUCUGGAGCAAAAGGCUCGCUCGCGGUCUAACUCGCCUAAAAGAUCUUCUUCCCCUAGUAGAAGGCCAAAUUUGUCACCUUAUCGCACUAGGGCUUCAUCGCCAACAAAACAGCCCUUCAAUUUCAAACCUCAAGAUAUAAUGCUACAUGGAGGGGGCUCUAAUCUGUCGUUGGUAGCCAAACCACUUCAUAGAAAAGGACACAGAUAUAAGCAUUCCUCUGUGUCCAUGAACCUUUUCCAAGAACCAUUGCCCAUUGACGGAGUCAACCUCCAACAGAAUCUUCUUCCAGAUCUGUAUCCGAUUCCCAAUCUUCGAGAGUCCUUGGCAAGUGCGAACGGUGAACAAAAGCUCAAGCUCUCCUUUGCAUUUUCCCACUUCUUCAUGUCAGGCUUGGUGUUUUUCAUCGGAGUUAAAUACCAGCAACCAGCAUUUUCAACCCUAGCUCACUUAGUCUUUUAUGACUCAUUGGGGUCUCUCUUAGUCGCUUCUGUUGAUAUCAUGUCCAACUUUGAGGCAUGGAGCAAAUCUUCAAUUGCUUAUCCAUUUGGUUUGGGGCGUCUAGAAGUGCUCACAGGUUUUGCUCUCAGUGCGUCCCUGGUUAUGGUUGGUUGUGAUCUAGUCAGCCACUUCGUCGAAGAGCUAGUUGUUUCUUAUGUGGAACCAUCAUCUGAAGAACAUGGACUGCAUCACAUUCAUGGCUCUAACAACCCAAAUGUGAACUGGUUUUUGUAUGAGUUGGUACUUUUGAGUGUAAUUGCUAUGACCUGGUUAACCUCUACUAUUAUUUUUGCGCAUGGCACCAUUUCGAAGAUGUUGGCUGAAACGGAAAGCAAACUGGCCAAUACCGCAUCAAAGUCGAAGGAUGGCCUUUUAGACACUGGCUCUGCGUCCACUAAUCCUAAAGUUUCCAAUUUCAAGAAUUUGGUUGACAUUUUUGCCAAGAACCCCAUCCGUUUGCUCACUCUAUUGUACUCAUUGUUCUUGUUUUUCGUUCCUAUGAUACCAUCUUCAUUGAAGACAAAAUUUGGGUUCGAUAUCAAUGAAAUGUCAACGUUAGUUGUUGCGUUCACUUUAUGUUAUGCGGGCUGGAAUGUAUUGAAGACUCUUGGUGGCAUAUUACUCAUUUCUUUCCCUUACUCCGACUACGAUUAUAAUGUGUUGAAAGCGUCUAUUAUAGACAAAAUCUUGAGUUUGCCAAGUUUCAAAAAAUCUUAUACGUUGGGCAACUUUUCCUUUUCCAAAGUCAACUACCAACUAUAUGUCGUAGGGGUCUGCGUGAGCAUGAAAGGUGGAAGCGCCGAUGACGAGUCCCGGCUUCUUUUUGAGAUAAACCGAGUUAUUGAAACCACAUUAAAUGGGUUUGAACGAGACGCAAGAGUCGAAACUACAAUUAGUGUGGAACGAGUGUAA